AUGCAUAGCGGCCCAAGUUCCUAUAUCUGGGUCUCUGAAGGCACUGAGACUACUACUGAGGCUAAGCCUAAAUACCAGUUGCCAUCUCGGACAUGGACUAUCAUCAAAAAGCUUGGGGAGCUGGCUUCUUUUAUAAACCAGCAGGAUGUCAAUGGUGGUCUUAAGCCCGGAACCGCUGCCGCGAAGUUUCUUUGCCACCUGAAGGGUCACCCGCAAAAGCUAGCAUUUAUGCGAAUUUAUCGUCAAAUCCCUAUCGAUGGCACCGAAUUCGCCCCCUCUAAAAUUCGAGCUAGCCAGGCAGUCCCGCAAAGGCAGACUAGCGAGUUAGAGGCAUUCAAGAGACUCCAGAAAUGUCCUGUCGUUCCCCGACUCCUAGGUUACCAAGAAGGAACGCAGGGAGAGAACGAAAUUGUCCCUGGUGGUUCUGAAGUCUUGAUUGUCUGGGAGAAAGUCCCAGGAGAACCGCUAUCUGAGGAAUAUUUUUGGAGUCUCAAAGGACAGGAUCGCGAAAAAAUCCGCGGAGAAUUCCGUCGGGUUUAUCAAAAAUUUUUAGCGUACGGUGUCAUGCCAUGCCUGGCCGACUCCACGAAGCUCAUAUAUGAUGCGUCUACUGGAACGAUACACAUCUCUGGGUUUCGGUUGGCACUUCCUUUUGAUACCAUCGAACAGUUUCGAGAGGAAGACUAUGUCUUGUUCGGAUUGGCUAACCGGUCUGACGAUGGCAAUAAAUUGAUACUAUGA